AUGUCCACCAACUCGGCAGUACCCACGGCCUACGAGCCCAAGAACAUGAAAUUCCGCCACCUGGGCAAAACGGGGUUGCAGGUCUCGGUCUUCUCGCUCGGCAGUUGGGUCACCUACGGCAACACCCAGAAGGGGAACAUUGUAAAGGAGAUUCUGCAGACCGCCUGGAACCAUGGCAUUCAAACCUUUGAUACGGCUGAGGCCUACGCUGACGGCGCGGCGGAGGUCGAGAUGGGCGCCGCCUUGAAGGAGCUCGCCUGGCCGCGCGACGAGUACGUCCUAACCACCAAGAUCUUCUUCGGCACCGGCCGUAAGGAGCCUAAUACACGCGGCCUGGGUCGUAAGCAUAUCGUCGAGGGCCUCAAGGCCUCCCUUGCCCGGCUCCAGACCCCAUAUGUUGAUAUCGUCUUCGCACACCGGCACGACCCGGCCACACCCAUGCUCGAGAUUGUCGAGGCCUUUACCCAGACCGUCCGUAACCUCAACCUAGCCUACUACUGGGGCACGUCCGAGUGGAGUGCCGCCCAAAUCACCGAGGCUAUUGAGCUCGCCGAGAAGCAUAACCUCAUCGCCCCCGUUGCCGAGCAGCCGCAGUAUAACGCCUUCCACCGCGAGCGUGUCGAGGUUGAGUACACCCCGCUGUUCAAGCAGUACGGCUACGGUACUACCACCUGGUCACCCCUCGCGUUCGGCCUACUAACAGGCAAGUAUAACGACGGGAUCCCUGAGGACUCGCGGUACGCGACCAACAAGCACUUCUUUCAGUAUACCAUUAAAGAGCACGAGAGCGAGGUUGGGCAGGCUAAGAUCGAAAAGGUCAGGAAGCUGACCAAGAUUGCGGAGCGGCUGGAUGCCAAGGUCGUUCAUCUUGCGCUGGCGUGGGCGGCCAAGAACCCGAACGUUAGUACGGUGAUUCUGGGCGCGAGUAAGAGUGAGCAGGUCGUGGAUAAUCUCAAAGCACUUGAGCUGCUGGACAAGUUGACGCCUGAGAUUGUGGAGGAAAUUGAGGCGGUGUUAGAUAACAGGCCCGAGGGGGUAGCCACGUAA